AUGGCUGGUAAAGUAGCCAAGGUUCAUGUAGCCAAGUUUCCAGUCCAUGAAUUUAAUGCAUCGUACCUAGAUACAAAUACGCCGGGGCUGUGGAAUAUGGAACAAAAUGAGGUUCUCGAUCAGCUAAGUGAUGAGAGCUUCAAUAGACGUGUUGAGAUUUUGGAACAAUUAUUAAUUACCGUCAGGAGAAAUGGAGGACGUUUACCAUACACAGAUCCUCUUGCCAUAUUCAAUGGUCUUUCCUUGGCCCUCGCGGACUCAAAUUGGGACGUUAGGCUCAAGUGUAUACAACUUAUUAAUGAAGUCAUUCCCCAAUUCGGAGAUGACUUGGACAUUUGCAUGUCACGCAUUUUGGGAAAACUCAUACCGAACAUUGGGGAGAGUAAGAUAACUGUCAGACGAGCUGUGAUUCAAACCCUGCAUGUGUACAUGAAACAUACCAACAAAGUACAAGGCCUUUUACGAGCAAUUGUUCAACAUGGGUUAGAAAACACAGACCCAAGGGUAAUUAAAGAGACGGUGGUGGCAUUACCUAUGCUAUUUACACCAGAUUUCAAACGUGAAAACUUCUAUGAGAUAACCCAAUCUCUGGCAAAAAAGUUGCUUGAUAAUUCAUCUGUUGGAGAUAACCUCAGGGAUUGUGCAUUAAUGACCAUGGACAAGAUCAAGAAUCUAGUUGGGGAGAAAGAGUUUGCGAUUUACAUCCAAAAAUUGUCAACACCUUUGAAACGAUACUAUUGCCAGUUAACAGGAAUGGAUCUUGAAUCUGAUCCAAUUCUGUCCCAAGCCCCUACCCCUAGAAAUUCUAAACAACAUGCGUUUUCAAAACCUUCAAAACCAGACAAUGGAAAUCAUCUUAAUACAGGGCGACAACAAAUUGUUGAAACUUAUGAAUUUGGCAUUAUUCCUAGUCAUGUUAUGAAAUUGAUCAAUGACCAAGAGAAUUUCAAGCUAAGAGCACAAGGUGUUGAAGAACUGAAGUCUAUAGUGAGAGAAUUGCAAAGUAGUGAUGUUACUGGAAAUCUUCAUCCACACAUGAUGCCUUUUAUUAGCUUUUUAAACAAUCUCAUGGAUGAUUCAAAUUUUAAGAUAACAACUGUCACAUUAGAAAUACUGAAUUCUUUGGUGGAAAAAUUAGGGACAAACGUUAAACAGUUUCUGCGACCCCUUUCAAACAUCCUGGCAAAACGUAUGGGUGAUAAUAAGAUAGUUGUACGUCAAGCUGUGAUGAGGGUUGCAACCAAGAUGAUGCAAAGUUAUCAAGCAAAACCUGUACUGGCAGUGCUAUGUGAAAACUUGCAACACAGGAACUCAAGAAUUCGUCAAGAAACAUUAAAUAUCGUCAUAGCAGCACUUUUAACUUUUCCUAGUUAUGAUUUUGACUUGCCCAAAAUUUGUCAAGUUGUGGCCCCUGUUCUAACAGAUAGUAAGCGACAAGUUCGUCAAGCUGCACUUGAAUGUUUAGCUGUGAUUGCACAAGCCAUGGGACUAGGGAAACUACAACCUCUUGUGCAUGCUGUAGAUGGUGUGGAACUAAGUUCUGAGGGGGAGGGGGUUAUGACUGCUGUUCAGGCAAGACUUGCAAGGCGUCAGCUUCCUAAAUUGAAUUCUGAUGGCCUUGUUGAGUAUGCUACUCCUAUUCCUUCCUCUGCCUCCUCUCGAACACCUGUUCAAUCUCUUGGUGCUGAUCUUGACUGGAUAAUGGCAGUCGGUAGUACUGGUUCUGCUCGCCAAAUAUCAAGAUCCGAUACAAUGGAGGUGGAAUCUGUGACAUCUUCAUCUGCACGUUCAACUCCAGCAGUCAUAGAAGCAGCAACACCAGCAACCAGUCGGCGAUUCAUGAGUGCUGGCAGAGGAAGAAAUAAAUUGCCAUGGGAAGAAGAUGAAGGACAUCGACAGAAUGAUGGUCCACCCAAACCACGAAACACAUCUUGGUCUGUGGACGAUACUGGAGUUGAUGGCAAUGAUAACCAUGGUAAUGUACCAACACCAAAACGAGUACCAAAACGACGAAUUACAGUGGUGGGGCUCAAUACAGCAGAUGAGACAGCCCAACAGGAAUCUAAUUCCUAUGCUCAGAUGCACUUGAACAAACUGAAGAAGAACCAAGGAAAUCAGGGCAAAUUUAAUGCCAGUCCAAAUACAGCAUUUGACCAAUCAGAUUUUGAGAGAGAACAACCACCACCAGUACCUGAGAAAGUCAAAACUAGUACCGUAAAGAGAGCUCCCAGCCCAAGUAUCCCCAAAACUUCGAAUGAUGAAUCUCCCAUCCCUCUCAAACCAACUUUGGCCCGUUCUGCCACCAAGCGCAGUACAAAAAAGGUGCCGCCAAUUUCCACUGCUCAGUCGGACAAGUUUUCUUCCAUGCCGAAGGAAGAUGAUAGUGAUAGUGCAUAUGCAGCUUCCUUGGAGAGUAAUAUGGAAAAAGAAUCGCACCAAGAGAUGAUGAAGUACCUCAACAGUAUCCGCAAUGGUUCCAAGAUGAUGAAGUCAUUACAAGGAAUUCGGAGCAGUGCCCACAAGAAGAAGGAAAAGGUUGUGCUAGAGAAAAACACAAGUCAGCAGAGCUUGACUUCAAGAUCUCCUUCACCAGACUUCCAUGAGAGUGGAAUAUGGAGCACAUCGUCACGAGAUAAUGACUCUGAUGCUAGCUCUCUUUCAAACCGUAGCAGGAAGAGUAAAAAGGUAGAAUCUCCAUUUGAGUCAAGGCCAAAGUUAGCAAGGUCAGAGGUUGACCUAAGGAAGACUAGCAGUAAUCGUGAGGAUUACGGAUCGGAUAUGACAGACUCGAGUAGUAGUAGCAGUACUCUACACAUAGACUACAACCCUGUCAGUGGGGUUACCUUCAGGGAAAAUCGUAAUUCAGAUGUCCAAGUGGUUGGACGUGGUUACAAUGAUGAUGCCAUCCCAACAGCAGAGGCAAAGGCCAAUGCUGCGGCAGCUGCCAAUAAGACUCGGCGACGUACUCAAAAAGGACCGUUAUUGUCUCCUCUAGGCGUGGCUUCGUCCAGCAGUCUCGGCUCAGUGGAGCUGGAUGAUGACCAAGCCCCUGCCAAGGACGGAAACAUUGGUGUCCGAGUGGUGGGCAGGGGAAUGUUCGACUCCAGUAAUGGGACUGACCAUGCAGUGACAGUUGGUAACUCUCAGUCCCAGGACCGGUAUGACAAAAAAUCCGUGAAGUCUGACCGCCGCGACAUGCCCAAUGCUGUUGUUGGUGUCAGCAUGAACAGACAGGGAUCUAGCGAUGACCCUUAUCUGGAUGACCCCAAUGACCUUAUUGCUGAGGAUCCCAACAAAUCCAUGAGUAAAGCUAUGAGAGACAGAAUAAUGCAAGCUCAAAGACAGAAGGAGGAAGAACUAGAGAGGGAACGAAGAGACAGAGAAAAGAAGAAACAAGAGCAUGAAGAGAAGAUGAGGAAAGAGAGAGAGAGACAACAAGAAAAACUUCGGCGUUUGAAUACCAGUGAAAGUUUAGGUAUAGAAUCAUUAUCAAUAUCUGGUUCCAAUACGCCAAAAACGAAAACAUCGCCCGCUUUCUCACCACGAAAAAGAACAAAACCUCAAGUCAAUGGAACAUCUAGUCAUCCUGUAUCAGCAUCAUCGUCCCGUUCUCCUUUGGAGUCGGACAAUCCUGAUGACUGGAAACCCUACAGAGAUCCUGAUCAGGCAAUGAGGGAUGCCAACAAGAACCUUGCUCAAGAGGACUGGGAAAUAAAGUGUAGUGGUAUCAACAUGGUACGGAGACUGGCAAAGUAUCACCCUGAAGUCCUCAGUUCGCAACUACACAGUGUCGUCAUUGCCAUGUUAAAUGAAGUGAAAAACUUGCGGUCACAAGUAUCACGAUGUGCCAUUGUAUGUAUAGGGGACUUGUAUGCAAAUCUUCGGAAAAAUAUGGAUUCAGAAGUUGAUAUUACUGCCAAAGUUCUUCUCGCCAAAAAUGGAGAGAGCAAUGGAUUCAUUCGAGAAGAUGUGGAGAAAUCAUUAGCCCUUAUGAUAGAUUCUAUUACACCUCAGCGGUCACUUUUGGCUCUGAUAGCAGGAGGUGCCACACAUAAAAACCCUCAAGUUCGAAAAACAACCUCAUACUUUGUCGUGGAUCUUGUGGACAAAAUGGGUCCUGGACGUGUUCUGAGUGGAGUGAAAGAUAUCACGGACAGAGUACUACCCACUGCAGCUAGUUUCUGUUUGGAUGGAUCCCAAGAGACACGAUAUAAUGGCAGGAAAAUUUUUUCUAUUCUUAUGGUGCACCAAGACUUUGACAAAAUGCUUUCUAAGCAUUUACCUCCUCAGACUCUGCGCAAUGUAAUUGAAAUCGUGGACACUUUGAGAACAAAGGGCUUAGGAGACCUUCCUGGUGAGUCAUCAUCUGCUCGAGGGGGAAGGUCACAUGCAAGUAGUCGCAACAGUUCCAUGAUCCGUGGAGGAUCUGCCAACAGUGAAAAUCAGCAUGCUUCCCCUAAAAAAUGGGUGAGAACGGAUGAAGCUACCCAAGAGGAGGUGAAGCAGAUGACCUCCCUUAUAUUUGCUAAUGACUGGCGUGAUCGUUACAAGGGUAUCACACGCCUCCUUGAGAUGUGUGAAACGCAUGCUGAAGUUGUGUCGGCCAACAUGGUAAAGAUCUUUGACAAAUUUUUGCCUCGUCUUCAAGAUCCCAACAGCAAAGUGAACCUAUAUGCUCUCCAAGUAUUUCUUCAGAUCAUCCCAGUUUUAUCAGACUCUUUAGCAGUGGUGUUGAACAUUGCUGUGGGCAAUGUGGCACCAAAUCUCUCUUCUCGCAACAAGGAAAUAUAUGGAACAGCAAUGGAUGUUAUAGAUGCUCUUGUGGAUAAUAUAGAUGGUGGACUUCUGAUUCAACCGCUUGCCAAUCAAGCACAAUCUGCCAGUGCCAGAAGCAAACCAGACUUGGUGGAAAAGGUGGCUGAACUUGUGACCAAAGUUUAUCAACGCAAACACAAGCAGGUCAUACUGCAUGUGCUUCCACUGGUGUGGCACUUACUAGGUGCUACACACAGUAGUGGAGCCAUUCAGGGAGGAAGUUCAAGUAUCAGGUCUGCAACUGGUUCCCUGGUCAAUGCUCUGUACUCACACAUGGGCAACAGUCUUCUAGAAAAGGCCACCUCUGAUCCCAAUGUCACCCCUCGUCAUCUUCAGCUCCUUCAGGACCUGAUAGAUAGAUGAUUCAACUUAAAAACUGUCCCAAAGACUACUCGAAAUUGACGAAAGACUUCAAAUGUUAUUGGUUAUCAUAUUUCUCACUCUUGACAGACAAUAUGUUGUGAUGGAUGUGAUCAGAAGAAAAUUUUCAUUCUUCCCAGACAAUUUUAUUUGCCUGGUAUGUC